AUGAUGUUGAAGUUGACUUUGGCUUCUAUCUUGAUCGCCUGUUUUCUGCUAACAAUUACAAAGGCACGAACCUUUCAUCGGCAUCAUUACCAGGACGCUGAACCACAUGGAAGGGUACCUUUUAAACGCUUCUUUUUAAAGGUUGGUAUCACAUAGUUUCUCAUAGUUGUAAAAAAGCCACCACUUGUUGCUAGAUAUCUGUUUCAGCCCGGUCUUCCUUACUGUCCCUCGCUGAACGGCUCACACAAUUGGCUGUAAAAAAAAAGAAACGGUGAAAACCCUGAAAUCCCUGAAAACAAAAGGCAAUAUUGUUUACGGUAGUUGACCACUGAAAGUAGAGGGUUCAUGUGAGGUACUGGACUACUGGUUUUUGUCUCCUCACGGGACGGAGUGUUACGUGACGAGACAAAAGAGGGCUGCGAGAAAGACUUCAAUACUCGUCAAAAAUCCUGAAACAAUCUUGUGUGUUUCCCCUUUCCCAGUGUUGAUUUGGGUAUUACAGUCGUCUCAGUGCUUCAAAAUACGUGUGGCGUCAAUAUUGGGGAAGGAGCGGGGCACAUUUGAGUGAGAACAGAAGCGCGAAGAGUGGAUGUAAGAAAUUUUCGACAAAAUUCAGGUCAAGUGGUGUCUGUUUCAACGAUUUGUGACGAGUAUUGUAGGUCUCUCCAGGGUGGUGUCCAUAGGCCAUAUGAUGUCACAGCGGCCAUAUUGGCGUCCACAGUCCUAAGACAAUGAAACGGUAGCCAUAAUGGUCUUCCAACAUAUACUGUGGAAGUUGAACUUCUCUUUCUUUUGCAUAGAUGCUGACCACAAAAAGUGAAAAGGUUCUAUAAUGGCUUUUCAGCCACAAUAUAUGACUAGUCUGCGUAGCUGACGGGAUUGUUAUAUCCCGGGUACUUUAUUGGCGGUGGAGCUGUGGUCUUCUCGCGGCUCGGCCGCCAAAAAAACAUCGACACUCCACCUACUAAUUCCGCAAGCUACACGGGCAAUAAUAUGACUGAAAGUUCAAACCAUAAAUAUAAACACAGUAAUUCAGUAAAAAUAUCUACAAAAUACGGGAUAAAUUGAACAAAAUAUCCAACAAAACUACUACGAAAUAUAAACAUUUACAGCCGAGGAUAUAUAACACACAUGAACGUACACACAGCUGUAUUAACUUAAUUUUCACAUUGAUUUUCCCCUUACUUUCCUUUAAAACCAUGAAGUUAGCAUCUUGUACUGAUUUUGGAUGUCUACUCAAGAGCUUGGCCCCAGGAAACGUGAAUGAUCAUUGCCCUACGGACAGUCUCCAUUUGAUUAGUCAAGUCAUUACCGUGGCAUAAUUUUCAGCGCAAUCGAAUAUCCUUGGUUUUCAAGAACGUUCAAAAUAACCAUUAGCGCGAAUCUGAACAUUAACAAUUAUGGCAAUUUCCGCCACUGUGAUAGCCUGCGAGCAAGCUCUCCAUUUGGGUAUGUAGUAAAAAGUAGACGCGCGAGAGGCACGCGAAAGCGGGGGGACGGCCCCUCACUCGUGCGUUCUCGCGCGGCUCGCUUCGCUCGCCCAAAUAGAAGAGCUUGCUCGCAGGCUACCACUGUGAGUGCCCUUAAUUUUUUUACUAACAAUAAAUAAUUUUAGUAGCAGAAGGACUGAUUAACUGCUGUUUUUUCCUUGUCAGAACUAUAAUUUUCGCCGCGGGAGCUGUGUUGCGCUUGGAGGAUCAGGUUGCGAGGCCAACAACGGUAAAUGUUGUCGAGAAGGCAACCCAUACACAGGCACUCUGCGAAAAUGUGUCAACAAGGGCAGUUUUUCGUCCCCGUAAGUCAGAAUUAAACUUCUUGCAACACAAGAGUAAGCGAUAAAAGUGGAAGAGACACCUCGCUAUUCAGUGGCUUUUUUCCGUUACCUUAGACGUUCCAGACGGGACGGGCGGGGGAAGAGAUCCCAAUUUAAAUCGGAGUGAAAGUGGAAUAAUGGAAAUCAUGCCCUUGUUUUGGCCAGGUGUCUCAACUACAGCCGAAGCUCUCCUAUUAAAAGCUGAGAUCAGGGGUCAAUUUAAUAAAAUUUUUACACGUGUAAUUUACCAUGAGUGUAGCCAUUGUUUUAGAGUCUGAGAACAAUAGUUACAUUUGUAAAUUACACGUGUAAAAGUUCUAUUAAAUUGACCCUAGGCUCUGUUUUUGUUUCGCUUUCUACGACAACAUAAGAGAUAAUGUAUGAGAACUGCUAAAACUGGGCCUAAUCUCAGGUUAAAUUAAGCUCUUCUUGCGACCACUCUCGUAAGCGACCAGCUCUAGUUACGACCACCUUUGUGAAACCUCGUUUGAACUUUGAUUUAGGGCCUGUUUACAUGGAGGUGGGGGACCCCAGGUAGGUGAGGUAGCCUGCUUAGGUGAGGUAAAAAAAUAACCCUCCUUUACAUGCAAUCUUACAACCCCGCCAUCCCGGGGUGCACUUUCUCAAGAUUAUUGAAUGGUCGCUAAGCACGUAAACAAGAAAAAUGAUGGCAAACCACGUGUUUCGGCGAUUAAUGCACUUUUACACUCCCUUGUUGCUCUUGCUGCAACCUUCAGUGAGAUGGCUUUCUACUGUUAACUUUAAUAAUGAUGUAAAACCACCGCCAAAGUGAAUUUUGCGCGAAUUUGAUGUAUCACGAGUCCGACCCCGGCCAGGCGAGUUACCCCACCUUGAAACGUUUACAUGGCAAAAUUGAACCCGGCUGAGAGGGUAACCCGGUCUGGUAGACCGGGCUACCCGCCUUGGCGGGUCACCCCACCUAUCAUGUAAACGUGAUCAAAGUAAAAUGAGAGAAUAUAUGGACAGGCGGGUUACCCCACCUAAGCGGGUUACCUCACCUACCUGGGGUCUCCCACCUCCAUGUAAACAGGCCCUAAAACAUUGUCAUGAAAAGCUCUCGUAAGCGACCGCGACCACUUUAAGGUUAAGGAUUACCCAACUGGACUGUUCCUUUGUUUUUACUUACUACUCUCUUAAGCGGCCACUCAGAAUCUUAUUCAUUUCAAUCCACUCCUGAUACAACAAGAACUGUGAGUUUAUUGAACGGAUUCAAAAUCUUUUGAUCUAGAUCAAUUCAUUUUUGCACUAAUAUUUCUACCUGGAUUUAUCAAAACCGGGUUAGCAAACAUUUUGUGAUUUCUCUUAACUUCCCCUGUCUUAGUUUGCUACUGUGUUGUUUGCUUAUGUCGUUUUUUGGUUGUUUUGUGGUUAGGGAUUUCUGUAGACGUGGCUGUAGAGGGGAUUUCGCGAAUUCGUGUUCCUUCUUACGUUACGAAAUUUAUGCAUAAAAAGUGCAAUAUGAAAUGUACCAAGAUCAGAGAGCUUCAUUAAUUGCUAACAAUCUAAAUAGUGGAGUUGAAAGAUCCUCAAAUGAGGAAAAAGUCAUGAUUCGAACUGCUUUUUUCUGUAAAUUAUAUAAUUAUAAAGGCUGAUGAUAUUUCGCUUGUGUUAAACGUGAGAAGUUUAUGCGUGGUUGCGGAUAGUCUUAUCAGUGCCGCGAAAGUGUGUGAUUGUGUGAUUUCCGGAUGGUGUUGACAGGCACAGCUCAGGUAUGUUGUUGCGUGGUUGAGCUGUUGCACCAAAACAUUCCGUACCAGCCAUAAAAAAAGUUUCGUCGUUGUUUAGCUUUGCUGAUUGUGCCUUGGAAAACCAAUUCUCGACUCACAAAAAUUGAAUCUAGGCCAGUAGCUUCAGCGGGCUCUUGGCUUUGAACCAUAGGCCGGGUUUUGCAGAUAAGAAAGUGAUGAUAUUGUGCAUUAUGUUUCAAUCAAUUGUCUAUCCCAUGCGAAAUCCUGUCAUUUAUCGGACCGCGAAAAAAGUAGUGAUCUGCUAACUGUUUAAGUUGUUACGUAAGCAUUAACUACAAUCAACUGCCUUACAAUCAACUUUAAAAUUUUCUAGACUGAAAUGACACCGGUUUGAAACUUCAAGGAGUCAGAUUACUGAAUAAAUGUUCUAAAAUUUGCGUCAUUUUAACUUUCGACUCGUUGAAAUGCUUCUAGGGACCACUAACUUAGUAUAUACUGCUCGGUGUCAGACCUCUUUUGUUUAUUAUUUAUAUUAAUGACCUCUCUAAUGCAUUUCAUCUGUUAAAGACUUUUUUAUUUGCGGAUGAUACUAGCCUUUUUUAUUCUCAUAAAGAUCCUAACCAGCUCAUUCGUGUCAUGAAUUGUGAAUUAUCAAAAAUAUCUGAAUGGCUCAAAGUAAACAAAUUAUCACUCAAUGUCGCCAAAACAAACUAUAUUCUUUUUCGACCCAGGCAAAAACCCAUUACUGUUAGUGAUACAGUUACGCUAGAUAAUAUUGCUGUGCAACAGGUUGAAGUGACAAAGGUUCUUGGUGUUUUAUUAGAUCAGCAUCUUCCUUGGAAAUAUCAUCAUGUUACUAAAAAAGUAUCAAAGACUAUACGAAUCAUAAGUAAAGCUCGUUUCUUUCUUUCUUCUAAAUCUUUGUUAUCCUUAUCCAAAACAUUGGUUUACCCGUAUCUUAACUACCGUAACAUUGCAUGGUGCUCAACGAAUCCAUCCAAUUUGAAUAGGAUUCUUAACCUACAGAAACGCAUCGUCAGAAUCAUUUGUGGAACUGAAUUUCUUGCCCAUACUGCACCUCUUUUUUGGACUCUUAAAAUCCUUGACAUUUUUAACAUUAAUACGUUCUUGGUUGCGUGUUUUACGUACUCAUAUCAUAAUAACCUCCUUCCUCAUACGUUUAACACCACCUUUGUUACUAAUCGCCAAGUACACACAUAUAAUACUCGAAAUGCUAAUAACUACCGACAUGAUUUCUGUAAAACAAACAUUAAACACUUCAGAAUCCUUCAUCUGGGACCUAAACUAUGGAACUCCCUUCCCCAUAAUUUUACGGAACUGACAAGUCAGUCUAGUUUCAAGACUUCAUUAAAAAAUUACCUCAUCGAGAGAGCUAUAGAUUAAACUCGCUUGACCAAGUAUGAGGAGCCCAAUUUUCCACAAGCUAUUUAGGUUCUAUUGGGCUUCCUCGCCACUCUAUCUAUUACAAAAGUGGAAUCUUAGUAAAUAUAUAUAUAUAUAUAUAUUUUCACUUUCUUUUUGUAAUAAUCAUUUUAUGUGGCAAAUGUAAAUAAAUAAAUUUGAAUGGAUUUGUAUCAUUUCAAAUUGCCAAGUGGUAGAAUGAGUUGAUUUUUUUGCUGACCCGGUUUUCAAUAAUCCAAGUAUAUUUAGAUUUGGGGUUAUUUUGGUCUAAAAAUUGGAAGUAAAGUUUAGCCGUCUCUGUAUCAGAUAUAGACACUCAUGAAACAUUUAAAAAAUUCUUUUGUUUUUUCUUCAUGAAUUACUGAUAAGUUUCUGAAGCUCUUGUAAGCGACUACCUUCUAUUGUUUUACAAUGCGGUAGUCUAGGAGAGCUCGUCUCGUAAGCGACCAGCCCUUAGUUACCACCACUUUUUCGAACUACCGAGGUUUCCGGGUGCUUCGAGUGUAGCUCUAUCGCUGUUUGAAAGUACACAGUUUCAUCGACUUAUUCCUCGCGAAGCAGAGGUUUAUAAAUUUGUCCCGCGCGGAUCGCACAUAAGAGAAACAUUGGAACCUUUAAAGUACUUUAAUAUUUAUAAAAAGUUUUGCGGUAAUUGUUGUCAGUGAUUUAAGAAAAGUGAUUUCCAAACAAUCGCCACCGCGGCGUUUAAUCGAAUAAAUACGGUAGUUAUAAUUAGGAGUACAUGACAGGUAAAGGGAAAACUUGUUCAGGUGCUACAGAAUCGUAUUUGCUGUUUGCCGUAAAUGCGACUAUAAGUAAAUCUCUCCAUUGUGAUAUAUCACAGGCAACCAUCACAUUUAAUCAGGAUUACAUACAUAAAUAGAAACAAAGUUACUCUUUGAGGCGAAUAUUUGUUGUGUUGAUACAUAUCAUGAGUGACAAAUUAUUCCUUACUUUUGGCGUAAAAUUUGAGCGUAAAUUUAUAAUUUCACAAACAAAAUUUAUAAAAUUGCCAUGGCAACCUUUCGUAUGUCUCAGUGCCAAGAUGGCGACGAAGUUUUAAAAUGUUAUGCAUGAAGAUGUCAGGGCAUAAAAAGACGCUCUACAAAGCCUAAACACACAAAGGAGCACAUCAAGAACACAUCUAUCAGGUAUUUUGUCGAAAAAUUCUGAAAUUCUGCACCGAGUUAAGCCAAAUUUAAAGCUCUAAACUUGUUAACGCAUGGAGUUGUACGAUGAUUCCAUCAACAUGUCAAAAUCCCACUAUUGUGGGCGUAACUUGUCACCUAUGAUAUUGAUAAGUAAAUAAUAUACUCAUGAAAUUAGGGAAUAUUUUUCGUUUGCAUUUUGUCCAAUUUUAAGGUUUGGUUACACAUACGAAGAGUUCAUUUUACAGUUAAGUUUCAAAACAAGGUCAACUUCAGCUUCACGUUCACUCAAAGGCUAUGACACUAAGCCCGCAGCUAUAACCUAUAAAAUGGUCUAUUGUUUCAUGGCGGCCAUUUUGAAAACCUGAAUAUUGUUUGAAGACUGGAACCGAGAAUCUACGUGGCCAGGGACGGCCGGAAAACUUGAGAAAUAGCCGAACAAUACACGGGAAUCCGAUCGCGCGCCUGCAGCAAUAAACCUUUUCAAUUAACGAAAAAUAAAUCUCUCUUGAGUUUGGUUAUAAACGGCUAGUACGAGCCCUUUGCAAUGACUUCUACUUUCCAGACAUGUGACGGCAUAAUUUAUGCUGAUAAUGACCGCCAAAAGACCCAUCACUAAGGAACAGCAAGUGGUAACGUUGCGAGUAUGCGCGAGCCGCUGGACCGAAGUUUGUGGUGGUAUUGGAUCGCAGCGAAUGCAGCAAAGAAAAAUGGCGCCUCUUUUAAAAAUUACCAUCGUCUUAGUCAUCUGUCCUAUCUUUGUGGAGUGCAGUUAAGGCAAAGUCUUCUUUGUAAUAUGCAAGAUUGGUCUCAAGGCUAAUAAGUCGCUGAUCAUUCACAAUUUUGAGCGGUUUGUGGUCCAUGAGGGAUUAUUGUUUCGUGUUUAAGCUUGCGCGCGGACACGUCGAUGGGGUUCUGUGUAACAGCUGCAAAACUCCUCUAUUAAACACUGGAUAACUGGGAAAAAAUCUCUUCAUGUAAGUUGUGACCGAGUACAAAACGUCCGACGCUUACGAUUUGAAUAGAACGCUGUGAAAAAAAGUCUAAAUGCUAGUCUGUUUAUAUAGUCAUAACUGCAGUUCUUGCGACAAUCCCCUCGCAAUAAUACGAUUUCACUUCAGUUAUGGUUCAGGGACGCCCUGUUUUUCAGAGAUGUGCAACCUUAGUGCAGUGAUUCUGCCAGUGAUUACUUUUCAGAGAUACCCCAUCCUAACCACCAGUGGCCAAAGCAGGUGCAGUGCCCUAAUUCUGCGACUGAUAAAAUUUCAAAGAUAUCCCACCCAGGGCUAUGAAAUUGUAAGUUUCCUUUUUUGACUAGAUGAUAUAAAACUGAAGACCCAAACUCCAUAAAUGACAUCUAUUAAAUCUAUGUGAUGUCUUAACUUAUUCAGGGGUGUAGGCAGAAUUUUGUAAUAUGGAGGCUCUUGACUCCAAGAUGCCCCUUAUACUUCUAAAAUAAAGAAUUAGAUGAGCCAAAACAGGAGUGUGGUAUGUUUCAUAUUACAGAUGUGUUUUAUUGAGGUAACCCUAACCAUGAAAAAUCCUUCCCUUUACUCCCCACACUUCUACAUACUAGAAAAUUGCAAAUAUGCACACAAUAGUGAAAAUACUUAAAAUAGUAAAGAUCAUAGUCAUAUCUAAAACUGCUUUUUCUCUCUGAGACAUUGAAGUGAAUUUUCUGCUUCUGAUACUUCCAUGCUUGGACUCAUUUUUGCUUUUCAUAAAUUUUGUUUUUGGUUUUUUCUACUGCACAUGUGUUAAUUAUUUAAGAUACAACUAAUAAGGCCUAGCUCCCUUGACUAGCCCAUAUCUGGGCUAAGAUUAAAAAAAUUGAAAAUGAGAGAAAAUUAGCUCUAACUUUUCCUUUUCAUUCAAUUUCAACAUGAGGAGAACUUAAGCAUCUUAAAGCCUGAUAUUUAUAAAAUCUGAGUUUAUGGUAGCUUCAAUCGGCGACAAAAUUGUUGAAACAUUGUACUUAAAUAGGGUGACCUCGGAGAACAAAAGAAUCCGCACCCCUCCCCUGUCCCCUCCAUUCAAAGUUGGGGUGUUUGUUGUUUUCUAUAGGUAGCUAGAACAAGGGCCCAACAUUGUACGGAGGGGAUGGGGGAGGAAAGCUAUAUUUCUUCCUUUUGAAGUUCAUAAAACGUAAAAAAGCCUACUUUUGGGCGAAGUGUCUCAACUCAUUUUGUCGCCGAUUGUUCAAGUGAGCCAAUGUAUGACUCAUUAAAAUUAAAGCUUGUCUGUGUGUCUUCUGGGGCACCAAGGCUAUUUGAUGCAGUUCAGGAUGGAGUGACAGACCCUUCACAUUCUGCAGACAGCAUAGGGUAAAAUAAAAAACGGAUAGCCGCCAUUUUGUACCACCUCUGCUAUGGCUUGAGUGAAAAGUGCGACUGGUUUAAAUGUGACGAUGCAGUCGUCCUCAACGACUAUCACCUGAAUCAACAAGGUUUAGUGCUGAGCAUCUCAUAGGGAGCUCCUGCAACAGGUAAAAGGCAAAUGAAAUUUUUCAUACCUUGUCGUCUUGCGACACCAGGAGCAUCAAUGAGCUUGUUUCAGGGGCAAUUUUACAUAAAUUGCAACUUGUGCAGCCUAUGAUAUAUGACUAUAUACACUACUACAGUGUAUACACAGCCAAACUGACAUUGGCAAGCCAAGUGGCCCUAAAUUCAUGUGCACAAACACUGAAUAUAUGAGACCCAGAGUAUCAAAAGAUCUAUUUUUAUCGGAGAGUGAAAAGUUACCCCUAUGGCAUUUAGUUGUUGCCCACAACUAGCGAUACCCCUUUAGAUAUUUCAGGAUUUCUAAAGUGUCAUGGAUACGAAUUUAAAUUCAAGAAGGAAAGAAAUCUUUUGGAUAGAAAAGGAAUAAUAACAUUCAUGAUUUUUGUAAGCAUACAAAUACAUUGUAUGUGAUGAAGCUAAUUCUUAUGUGGAUGCCAAUGUAAGGAAUCAAAUACAGGGAUUUCAUGUCCAGUGUUGUCUGUACUUCAAACAGGAAUGGCAGUCCAGCAAGUGCAAAGGUGAACAAGGGCAAGAAUUGUUUUGCGCUUGAACUUGUGCUAGUGUCAAAGUGGGAGUAAUAUUGUAAUGGUCAUAUGAAAAUGCAUUAAAUCACACUUAUUAAAUCACUUUUAUAGUAGGGCAGGGAAAAGAAUGCACAUAUGUGUAUUUUCAUAUUUUAUAUUGAUUUCAGUUAUGUUUCAAGACAUUAUGUAAACAUUUUAAGCAUAACAUUACAAUUCUUUUAGGCGCCAAUUUUGUAUGUAUAAACAAAUCAUCAUUGAAUAAUUAUCAGAAUAAAAUCAUCUUCCAAAUGGUGAGGGUUGUUGUCAGUGAAUCCGAGAGCUUACAGUGCAUGAUUAUUAAAACGCAAAUUCAUCAGUGUUCCCCCCCUUGGAUGCAAAAUCAAACACUCAAGAAUGAAAGAGUGUUCCGAAACAAUGCUCUUACAAAUAAGUUUUGUUGGGAUAUACUUUUACAUGUUAACGAAAAAUCUAAAAACAAGGUUGAAACGGACAAGAAAAAUUUGUCCAUCUUUAACGAAGUUCUAGCAAAUAAUAUUUCACAAUCCACCGCCUCGAUCUCUUAAUCUCUGAGAAUAAGUAAUCGCCAUAGAGCACCAAUGUAAACCAGAAAAGAAAAUUUUCGAAAAUGGAAGGAAACAUCCGACUGUGGCCUUACUUGUAAGAGCAGGAAAUUUGCUUGUUGAUUUCAUGCCGCUAAAUAGUAUCAAAAUACUCAAACUUCCCCCCUUUGAAUUAACCAUUAAAAGUGAAAAUACGGAGUGACCGAAAGAGAAGUUUAACCUGUUUAGUCGCUUGUGUGGGAUAUAUAACUGGAUCUCGCUGUACGGUCAGGGUCAAAUACUACAAAAAUACCAGGGUCACAUAAAUUACGUUGAAUUCAGGCUGCUAUAAUUUUAACACAUAACAUUCGAUGAUGCUGCUCCACAUUUCACAAAGUAAAUCAAGGGGUAUAUCUUACCUAAAUGUUAGGCUGCUCUGCAGAUCGUGGACGAUAACCCAGAAAUCCGUGACCCAUUGAAUGUCAACAAAUCAACAUAUCACAACAAACGACCUCUUGAACGCUUUAUCUGCUUCAUCAGAGGAGCCAAAUGAAUGAAAAUUAACCACCUAAAUGGUCCUUCUCCCAUACAUGACGCUUCAACAUGGCUUAGCCAAAGUAUCCAAUCUAUAAGACAUGUCUGUUGUCGAUUGGGUAUGCAAAAAAAUCUCCCUUGAAAGUGCUUCAGAACGGCUUUCGGCCAUUACGAUUUCCCGUCAACAAGUGCUUCCCAGCAAGCUUGACGCAUGCGCAAACGUUACCACUUGCUGUUUCACUAAGGUUGACGAGUGGGCGCAUUGUUUGUUGUAAUUAACAUGGUCUUUUUCAUAUUUCAGAACGUACGUCUGUGUGGAGGCAUGAGGAAACACUGA